UAAGGAACGAAAGAACUCGAAAAACUCAGAGGGAUCCUAAACGGUUUUCUGUACGAAUUUUCGCUCACUGAUUUGCAGCAGGAAUCUGCUUUCAUCAGAAUCAAAAGUGGGAAAGAGAGAAAAUGCCAAAGAAUGGGACUAAGGUGAAGGGAGAGGAGGAAUCUCCCAUUAGAUCCAUAUUCUGUCUGAAGAAGAACGUCCCCUUGGAGGAGUUCGAUGAAAAAGAAGACUGUUUCAUCUUAGAUUUCGAUCCAUUCGAGACCAUCGAUCUCAAAAAGCUCGCUCUCAAAGAUAACAAGAAGAAAGAUGAAGAUUCUCAAGAAAUCUCGGUCAUUGCCGAGCGAGGCCAGGUGGCUUGUCGAGACUACCCACAUUCAAGACAUCUCUGCGUAAAAUUUCCAUUUGACAAGACUCCCCAUGAGAAAUAUUGUGAACAGUGCUACUGUUACGUUUGUGACACAAUCGCCCCAUGUAUAUCCUGGAUAAGAGGAGCUCAGCAAGGACAUUGCCAUGCAACGGAGCAUGAUUUUAUAUGGAAAAACCUGAGGGAAAUGAAGAAUCGAAAUCCUCCAGUGCAGAAAAUAGCUCUGCAACCUGUGGUCUAACUUCUCUAACUUCGCAGAGAGUUAUACAGUGUUGGGCUAAUUUUAUUAACAGAAAUUUUGCAUAGAUGGGGAUCUACUAAUCGAAUGUUUUCAGCAAACAUAUCUGAAAUUUUAGAGAUAUGAUGCCAUUAGAAGUAAGAUGUUUUGGGUGCUUAGAAUGUCAGUGGGUUCCCUAUAGGGACUAUUUUGGGUAGAUAAUAUGUAUGUAAAAAUAUUGUAUAGGUGGAAAAUGGAAGCUGGAGGUUUCUAUUUUUUGGAAUGAUCAUGGCAAUAGCUAGGGAUAUUGCUCCACUUCUUCAAUGGUGCUAAAGUAAUUAUUGAUCAAGAAUUUGUGGCUUCUUUUUUAUUGUGGAUAAUAUUGUUUGUUAUUAUCUAA